AUGCCCGACCUUCAAGCAACGGCCGAGUAUCUCUCUACCGGUGCUAAUAGGCACACUGCCAUCGCCGACUGGAGCCAGUCUGGUGUGCUUGCCUUUGGUGCCAACUCCAACAUCUGUCUCUGGACACCAUCUGCAAGCAGUCAUGUUGGUAUUGAAGGCAUUCUGAGUGGUCACAAGGAUGCGGUCAAGGCGGUCAAAUUUCUGCCGCCAACAGAAGGCGGCAACGAGGUCAUCAUCAGCGGCUCAGACGACAAGACGCUGAAGCUGUGGGCGCUCAACGCGGACCGCGCUACAGGGCAGUGCAUUCAAACUCUGACGGAUCACACGGCGCCCAUCAACACUAUUGCCAUCCUCAAGUCAAGAAAUCCUUCGACGCCGACCCUCAUUGCAACGGGUGCUGCCGAUGCAACGUUCCGAGUGUGGAAGUAUGAGGCAGGCCGUCUCCUCCUUCUGAGCACCAUCAAACCGACACCCAAAUUCUUCCCCCUCACUCUCGCCCUCAGCACCCUCGAUCAUGAGGACGAUGUCGUUGUUCUCGCUGUGGCAGGCACCAAGGACAUUAUCCAGAUCUAUGUUGCCGCCAACACAGCCGCCACUCUAGACUUCCAGCUGCAGGCGACCCUGACAGGUCACGAAGGCUGGAUUCGAUCGCUCGACUUCACAUGGGAGAGCAGUGCCGCUGAAAGUGACCUUCUUCUAGCCUCCGCAAGCCAAGACAAAUACGUCCGUCUCUGGCGCCUCCACCAGGGCAGCGAACUCCCCGCCAUGACGAGCAACGCCGACCCCGCAACGAGUGCUUUUUUGCCGGGCAAGUCACCUGCCAACAAGGCCCACCGACUGCAGUCCUGCGACAAGGUCUUUUCCAUCACGUUCGAGGCGCUCCUUUUGGGCCACGAAGAUUGGAUCUACAGCGCAAAGUGGUUCCGUUCUGAGACGGAACAAGGUGGCGGCGGCGGCGGCGGCGGCACCAACAGGCCCCUGCAGCUCCUGUCCACGUCAGCCGACAACUCUCUCGCCAUCUGGGAAGCGGACCCCGCAUCGGGCAUCUGGGUCAGCAUGGUACGACUGGGUGACAUCAGUCGCGAAAAGGGCGCCACGACAGCGACGGGCAGCAUCGGCGGGUUCUGGACGGGCCUGUGGGCGCCUGACGGCCAGUCGGUGGUGUGUCUCGGCCGCACGGGUAGCUGGAGGCGCUGGGUGUGGGAUGGUGCGAGGGACGAGUGGAAGCCCCGCGCUCUCGAUCAGCGGACACACAAAGGCCGUGACGGGAAUUGCGUGGGCCAAGGGCGGCGAGUCCCUGGUGUCGACGAGCAGCGACCAGACGACGAGGCUGCACGGGCGCUGGAAGGAGGCGCACGGCGAGACGACGCUGGCGUCGACGAUGUUGCUGACGCUGCCGACAUGCCCGUGCUCGGCCUGUCCAACAAGGCCAUCGACGCCGCCGACCCGCCUGCCCAUGUCGAGGCCGAAGCCGACGUCGAUGUUGCCCCCGCCGUUCGCACCACAGCCCUUGACAUUGAUCACCCCCCGUUCGAGGACAGCCUCUCCCGCCACACGCUGUGGCCCGAGGUCGAGAAGCUCUACGGUCACGGCUACGAGAUCUCGUGCCUCGCCACGUCUCACGAUGGCAAGCUCGUCGCCAGCGCCUGCAGAGCGAGCUCCCUCAACCACGCCGUCAUCCGCAUCUUCGAGACGGACACGUGGGUCGAGGUCAGGCCGCCGCUGGCCGCGCACACUCUGACAGCGACGCGUCUGCGCUUCUCCCGCGACGACCGAUACCUCCUCAGCGUCGGCCGCGACCGGCAGUGGGCCGUCUUUGAACGCGAGGGCGAGAGCGCCCCGCGGUAUCAGCUCCUGCAGGCGAACCCCAAGGGCCACAGCCGCAUGAUCCUCGACGCGGCAUGGGCGCCGUCCGCGAGCCCGGCGGCGUUCGCCACGGCGGGACGAGACAAGAAGGUGCGCGUCUGGAGCGCGAAGACGGACGACGAUGGCAAGACGGCUUUCGUGCAGGCCGCGGAGGUUGCCUGCGGCGAGCCCGUCACGGCCGUAGACUUUCUGGGGAGGUCGCUUACGGACGGGGCCCUGGCGCUGGCGGUGGGCACCGAGUCUGGCAAGAUGUCGAUUCACACGCUGGACGCGAUGAGUUUGCAGGUGGUCAGCAGCACUCCGUUGCCAGAGCACCUCUGUCUCCCUACGACUGUUCUCCAACUCGCUUGGCGCCCCGCGGACGAUGACAGUCAGGAGUAUCAGCUGGCCGUCGCUGGAGAAGACAGCUCCACGAGAAUUUAUCGCUUGCCGGGGCUGGUUUCGGCAUGA